UUCCCGCCAGUCCUGUUUCUCGGAAUGUGGGAAGACACAUCCUUGAAGAACGUGUUCGGAAACUGGGAGCUUUUGGCUAAGAUUCUGAAGGUCGCACUACGCGGCGUUACUUCACUUCACCAAGGGACAACUGGCGGACCAAAGACAAAUGCACAGAGAUGGAACUUCAAACACAUCACAUCAGGAUCUAUUGCAUGGGCUGCCGUCAUUGCAAUUUUUCUGCUAUUGCCUGACACCGAAUUUCAGAAGUCCGGCUUGGGAAAGUCAUCUGGUAUUAACUACAAGGAUCUAUUCUUCCACUACAAGAAGCUCUUGCUCACAAAGUGGGAUAGCCGUCGCAUUCAGACCAUCUUGCAAAACAUCAACCAAGAUGUUUUCGGCUCCGCAAAAUCUUCGGCUUCUGCAGCGAGUCAGGAAGAUCACUCCAGCGAAGUCAUUCGUGCCAUGAACGCACUUGAUAUGGAUAGUGAUAGCGAGUCAGAUGUA